CUGCAGCCAAAGUCACCCAUCGACUCUUCGACUGCUCGCCGUCAUCAAACACCACAAGUAAAACAAAGAAGAUCGAGUCACCGUGCGCACCUGUAGAGCUUAGCUAGAAGACCGGCGACACACAAACAUAUGGCGGCGACCAUGGAGCUCCAAGGGGCGAGGCAGCACAGCGACGGCGCCGGCGUGAAGGUCAAGUUCAUCGAGACGCAGUUCGUCAGCUCCGACGCGGCCAGCUUCAAGUCCGUCGUGCAGCGGCUCACCGGCAAGUCCUCCACGAUGCCGCCGCCGCCCCCGGUGCACAGGCCUCGCCCGAGGGUGCCGUCCGGCGCCAGAGCCGCCGAGCAGCAAGGGCGCCCCUGCGUCUCCGGCAGCGAGCAGCUGGCGACGGUGGCGACGCCAGCGACCUUCGAGCCGCAUCGGGUCCAGGAGGUCAACGGGCUCUGCGACUUCGCCGACCUGUUCUACGCCACCGCGGGCGCGCGGCGCGACGCCGGCAGCAUCGCUAGUGGCUUCCCUUACUGAUGUAUCACCAUGGUACCGAAGGAACUGGGUUGACUUCUCUCUUUUGGGGGGCCUUUGAGGAUCAGCACGUAUAUCUAUUGGGGGUUGCCAUUGCAGUGCUGCCCGAACAACAUAAGCUAGCUAUGUAGUUCUCCUCCGCGUACAGGUUCCUCAUUUGAUCACCCAGAGCGCCAGAUGCGCAAGUAUAUGGUGAUCAAACUCAGAUGGAAUCGGGGGGCAAUACGAAAAUGUAUGAAAACGAUUGAAAUGAAUAUAUAUGCAUUUUCGUUGACAAA